CUCCCCUUCACCCACACCUCACAAACUGUUUCUCCACGACCUCACCAUUCUGCCACCCUGCACAUUUCACCCUCGCCGUUUGUCGCUUUUCGCUCUCAUCUGACUCCACCGCAAUCGCCCGACCGCAAACAUGGGUGGUGACCUCAACUUGAAGAAAAGUUGGCAUCCGAAUCUGUGGAAGAACCAGAAGCGAGUCUACGAUGAAGAGCACAAGGCGCUUGAAGAGCGCAAGCUGAUCGACAAGCUCAAGAAGGAGCGGCAAGAGGAGAGGGCCAUUGAAGAGCUUCAAAAACUACAGGAGGCCCAUGGCGGGAAGACCAGGCUCAACCGGGUGGACUGGAUGUACUCCGGACCCACGCAGGGGCAGACCGGCACAACGGAGGAGAUGGAAGGAUAUCUGCUAGGCAAGCGGCGCAUCGACCAGCUCCUCAAGAACGACGAGAGAAAGGCGUUAGAGAAGGGCGCGGCAGCCCCCGUAGAGGGAGUCAUCAGCAACGCAAACUCGGCCAGGGAUACUGCUGUCAAAGUCCGCGACGAUCCUUUGAUGAUCAUCAAGAAACAGCAAAUGGAGGCGAUGCUCAAGGCUUCGAAGGAGGCGCCUCGCAUUGCUCACAAGCGGAAGGACGAAGACCGCAAACGGAGUAGGAGGCACGACGACGAUCGCAAGGAGCGACACCAUCACCAUCACCGACGACGGUCACGAUCGCGGUCGCCGCGCGAGAGACGUUCAGACGAGCGUCGACGUUCUCGGUCUCCAUACCGACGCCGUUCCGAUGAUCGCCGUCGAUCUGACAGUCCUGCUCGCGAUGAUCGGGACUACCGCCGGCGUUCGCCCUCGCCGCGGCGCAAAAGCUACAACGACGGCAAGCGCUCUCGGUCGCCACCGCGCCAACCCUACAACGGCCGCCCACGCUCCCAAUCGCCGCCUCCAACGAAGCGGAAGGACGACAUGGCGGAGAGACUGGCAAAGAUGCAGGCUGACGCUGCGGCAGUGGAGCAGGCGCGCAAGGACAGGGUCCGGCAGCGCGAGGACGAGGAUGCGAAGGAGGACGAGACGCACAAGAAGUCGGACGGAGGGCGCAAGUUCAUGGCAGAUGUUCGUCGCAAGACGGGAGAGAUGGACCUGAGCGAGCGACUGGGGCGUUCUCGGGGAAACUACAUCAAGAACGAGGUGUGAAUGGGAAUGGUAGUGCGUUAUGACUGUGGCCUGUUCUCUAAGGAGUAGCCGGAGGACAGCUUUCUUUGAGUUGGAUGACUGCUUUCUGGGCGCAGUCUGUCAAAUGAUACCCUGAUUCAAAUCUAUGCUCGCUUCG